AAGGGGGAGAGACAAACCGGUGCUGAGCAAAUAUAGGGGAAAGGAGGAUGGAUGGGAGGUGGCAGAGGGAUUCCUCAGCACCUGAAAUGCCACCCACUUCCAAGCACCUCUGUCAGAACUGAUCUUUGCUCCUGAAAUCUUUUACUCCUUGCAGGGGCAGGUGACUUCUAAUAAAGCCCCAACACCAGGACAGGGUAAAAGCAUCCCCUCUUCCCAUUUUGCUUCCCAAAUGAUUUUUUAUUGCUAUUUAAACCUGAGGGGUUUUAAGCCUUUAUGAGAUAUUAUGGGCUCUGACUCAUGCCUUGAAUACUGGUGAGCAAUGCUGGGUGUGGAAGGAGGAACCCGAGGGGCGUGGGCCCCUCGGAGAGGUACUCUACAGCACACGUGUCCUCUUAAAUCCUAGGUCAACAUUUGGGUAUAUUGCCAGAUAUAAACCUCCCUAAUCCUGGAGGCACUGACUUGAUACAGCUUCUUAUACCCAGUGGCUUUGAUACUGCUUGCAUCUCACCUGCUUCCCAAAGCUAAAUAAUCAUCACGGGGAGAGCAGUCACAAGGCUGAGGAGGGGAUGGAGAGAUGCAAGGAGUCAGGGGAGGAUCGCUGCAGGGAGUGGGAUGCUGAGGAGGCAGCUCCGGCAUCCGGCAUCCAGCCGGGGUGGAGAGGAGAGCGCUGCUGGGUGUGCAGGGAGGCUGUAGCAAUGCCCAGACCCUGAGGUUACCUUCACUGCAUUCCUUCUGAAACCGGGGAGGAAACACCGACCUGCUGGCCGUGCAAGGAGGAGGAUAUUAGCUGGCUGGAAACAGUGAUUUGCAUACAGGGGGGCAGAUGGACUGUCGGAGCCCGAGGGCAUCUCUCUGAAACGCGUGGCUGUGGUGGAAGAUUUCUUUGACAUCAUCUACUCGAUGCAUGUGGAAAGCUCGUCGGAGCCGGGCAAAGCACCCAAACAUGCCGGGCAGAAGAAAACCUACCGAGCGAUUGCAGAGACCUAUGCUUUCCUCCCGAGAGAAGCUGUGACCAGGUUCCUGAUGAGUUGCACUGAGUGCCAGAAGAGGAUGCAUUUCAACUCCAACGGCCUGGAGCCCAAAGAGAGCGAGCCACCUUCCUCCUUGGUUUCUGGGAUCAUUGACUACAACAUGCCCCUCACCUCGACUUACCUGAAGCAGAUGAAGCUGCGGGUGAUGAAUUCACAGGAGCAGGAUGAGACGUCGGUGAGCAGCGAGGACUUUGAUAUGAACGACUCCACAUGGAUCUCAGCUGACCAGCACCUGAACUCCAGCCUGAGCCCCAGCCAGGACGAGAGCAUGCGCAGCCCACAGAACCUGCACGGCCAUGAGGAUGAUGACUCCUCAUCAGAGAGCUGCAGUGGGAAUGGCUCCUCCACCCUGAACCCCUCCACCUCCAGCAGCACUCAGGGCGACAGCGCCUUCCCCGAAAUGAACGGCAAUGGCACCGCAGCCCCCAUGGACUUCACCGCCUCUGCUGAUGACCAGCCCAUCAACCUCUGCGACAAGCUCACACCUGCCCACAUCACCCCUUCCUACCAGUCUGACAGCUGCAGUGCCGACGGGCUGCGCAGCAGGGUCAAGUACGGGGUGAAGACCACAGCAGAGUCCCCCCCGUACAGCUCUGGCAGCUAUGACUCCAUCAAGACGGAGGUGAGCGGCUGCCCCGAGGACCUGACUGUCGGCAGGGCCCCCACAGCUGAUGAAGAUGAUGAUGACCACGACGACCAUGAAGACAAUGAUAAGAUCAAUGACUCAGAGGGGAUGGACCCAGAGAGGCUAAAGGCCUUCAAUAUGUUCGUGCGCCUUUUUGUGGAUGAGAACCUGGACCGGAUGGUUCCCAUCUCCAAGCAGCCCAAGGAGAAGAUUCAGGCCAUCAUUGAGUCCUGCAGCCGGCAGUUCCCCGAGUUCCAGGAGCGGGCACGCAAGCGCAUCCGCACCUACCUCAAGUCCUGCCGUCGCAUGAAGAAGAACGGGAUGGAGAUGACCAGGCCCACGCCACCUCACCUAACCUCAGCCAUGGCAGAGAACAUCCUGGCCGCUGCCUGCGAGAGCGAAACGCGGAAAGCAGCCAAGAGGAUGCGGCUGGAGAUCUACCAGACCUCCCAGGAUGAACCGAUCGCCCUAGACAAGCAGCACUCCAGAGACUCCACAGCCAUCACCCACUCCUCCUACUCACUGCCAGCUUCAUCUUACUCCCAAGACCCGGUCUACAUCAAUGGAAGCCUGAACUACAGCUACCGUGGCUAUGGGUCCCUGGGGGGCAGCCUGCAGCCCCCUGCAUCCCUCCAGACAGGCAACCACAGUAAUGGUCCAACCGAUCUCAGCAUGAAAGGUGGGGCCUCCAGCACAGCCCCCUCCAACAGCACCAGCCGGGGCAUGCAGGCGGCCCAGCUCAGCCCCACGGAGAUCAGCGCCGUGCGGCAGCUCAUCGCCGGAUACCGGGAGUCGGCAGCAUUCCUGCUCCGCUCUGCAGACGAACUGGAAAACCUCAUUUUACAGCAGAACUGACUCCCCGUGUCUGCAUCGCUCCUCGGUCGACAAGACAAUUUAUACCUGCUAGAAGGAGGCUCCCGGCGGUGUCCUGCUCAGGACCACCAUCGUCCUCCCGCCACGCGGUGGGCACAUGUAGUUUUAGAAGGUGGGAUCCAAAAGACCUGUUUUCUUUUACACUCCAAGCACCUGGGACUUCAGGCACAAGGACAUGUUUUGGAACCGUACCAACACCCGUGCCUCCGACCGACCAGAAGCCAACCCUGCAGCUUGGAAGGAUGUGGGACUCUGAAGGGCAGAAGGGAGCCUGGGGAGGUUUGGGGCUGCAGAUGUAUUUAGAAUAACCUUUGUGGACCCAAAUGUUAGAUUCCCAUCCCUGGAUAAUUUCCAAGUCUUAGGUGAGCUGAAUCACAUAUUUAUUGAGAAAUGGACCCUCCUCUCCCCUUAGUAAUUUAUUUUUCUGAAAAUGGAUUCUUUUGAGUUUGUACAGAUUGCCAGUUUUUUGUCUGUCUGAUCAGAAGGAAUUUAUUCCUGUGAAAUAACACAUUCCAUAUCACUACACUACUAAUUUCCAGGCAGCUCUGCCUGUUUCUCUGGUGAACCCUUGUCCCACAGGGAGCAAGUUUGCCAUCCAGUCCUUGACAUCGAGGCUGCUCAGCCUCCAGUGAGCGUAGGUGGGAGCUGAACAGCAGCGCAAGCGUCCUGCUUAGGCCUUUGUUCUAUGGGGUCCCGUAGCAGCAGUGGGGUCUGAACCUCCCGCAGAGACUCGGCAAGCUCAGCAGACCUCCGGCUGGAAGGACAUCUCGCACUCAUUAAAGUCAUUGCAGAUAAGAGAAGGAAGGAAGAAAGGAAGGAGAUAACUGAGAAACACUGUCUUGCAGUCGCCAUCCGUACUCUACCUCACACUCCAUUGUGGGCUUCUUCCAGGACUGGCGGCGCCGGUCCUGGGGGACAGCGAGUGUUGCAGACAUGGGGAUCGUGCGAGGAGGCUGGAACCUCCGGCUGGGGUCCUGCUGCGCCCGGCCGCGCGCUCCGCUCCGUCCGCAGCCAGCCCCGGGGAGCACCGGGGGAUGAACCGCCCGGGACCCGCGGGGGUGUGAGGCAGGGCAGCCCCAGGGCUCACCCCAGAGGUGAGCUGGAGUGGUGACCGCCCUCUUCUGUGGGAGAGACGGGCAGCACUGAGCAGCAGAACUGACAAAGUCCUCUCCGGGGCCCAGGAUCCUUCCCCCCUCCCUGCUCACAGUCCUGGAACAAGCCCACAGUUCCCAAAGUGUGGAAGAACCGUAGUCCGAUGACCAUUCUGCCCUGUUUCCACCCCCCACAACGAUGCACUUCGUUUUGCUCAGUGCAAUACCUACUGCCAGUGCUGCUAACCCAGGGACCUCGCUCCGGCCAGGGGUGCUGAGCCCAGCCCAGCAGUGCAACGUGCUCUGGAGCUGUGCAGAGACCAGCGAGGGUCCCGCUGCUCCCUGUCCCCCGCAGCCCCCCCUCUUGGCUGAAGCCCACACACCAUGAGAUAGAAAUUUGAGAAGUGUAAAGCUAUUUUGUAGGUAGAAACUUUCUUGCUUUGGAGCCAGUUUUUAUCUUAUUUUUUGGCCACUCGGAGCCAGCGGCCAGGGGCUGCUGCUCCAGGGGCCAACGCUGGUGGCACAGGCUUGAGCAGCCGCUGGUCCGGCCAGGAGCAGGCCCGGGCAGUUCCCCUGUACCCUCCGUACCCCAUUAUGCUCCACACACUGGAAGAGAAGCAAAACUUUACCCCGCUCUUAGUCUCAGAACAGAAUAAGCUGCUGGCUCCUGAGGCCAGGUGUGCCUGGCCCCACAGCAGAAGGGAUCAACCAUUGCAUUGACUGUUUUCCCCAAACCUUAAACUUUCCGUAGCAUUUGGAGAAAAGGGACCCAGCCCCUCGCCGCAGGGUGCAGCUGAGGGGUCAGUGCAGAGACGAGGUGAUGGUGGCUCUCAGACCUGAGCCCAUGCUGGACCCGGGAGCAUCGUGGCCACACCCGUCCCCUCCUGCCCGCAGCAGCGGAGCGUGGGGAGGGGGCCCCGGAGACACCAGCCCCCAGCCAGGGCUCAGACUUAACGCUUUCCCCAGCACUUCACAAGCCUGCUUGGUUUGUCCACUGCAUCCUCCCAUACUUGGAAUUUAUGUAAAUAUUUAUUUUUGUGUGAAUACCAUGAAGUAACAAACCUUUGACAAAAUCUGUAACCGCAGCCAUUUGUGAAAGUCUUACCGUUCAGGCAGGAGAGGCAGAGACAAUCGCUGUCCCGGGAUUCUCCCUGUCCGUGGUCUCCCACCCACGCCGGUGCCUCCUGCCUCGGCAGAGGCAGCAGAACCUUUAGCCAUAAGUUUGCCAUCAGUUUGUACCGAAACAGAGAUAGCCCGGGGGCACACGGACAGACCACCAACAACCACAGUUGGGUUAAGUUUUAUUUAUCCAAGUCAUUCCUGAUCACCUCUGAACCUGUCUCGGCACAUGUGGAAGUUCAGGAGCUCUCACACGUGGUCAAACUGCUGUAGAGGACACCGAGGCCGCGUUGCGAAGGAGGGUGCCCAACACCGCCCUGUCCCAGCACCUGAUGUUCAUAACCUGCAGCUGAAUGGUACAGACUCAGAUUCCCAAAGCCCUGCUGACAGCCACAUCUGGGACAAGUUGUGAAACAAACAGGAUUGACUUCAAAUUUCUGUCAGGGAUCUUUUUUUUUUUAAUUUUUUUUUUUUUCCUUUUUUUUUUUUCUUUUUUUGUGAGCCACAACGUUCUGGUUCCUUUAGCAUGAGCUCCACAGACAUCUCCGUGCUCUGCAGCUGCUCCGUGCUCCACCGUGGCUCCCUGUGCUCCAGGACUGUUCACAGCCACAUUCCUGUGCUCUCACUGGGCAGGACGGGGUCAGGAAUUGCUAGUCCAGGUUCUCAACAAGAAGGAACAAGCAGGAGCAGAAUACACCGGCUUCCCAGAUAUCUGAGAGGUGGAAGGAGAAUGCUGGGUUAGCGAAUGGUCUGGAUGGUCUUGGGUUUGGUUAAGAAAAGCUGAUCACUGGUCGAAAAAAGAGAUUUUUAUUUUUUUUUUUUUAAAUUUAAUUUUAUUUCAACACACCCAUCCUGCCCUGGAUGUGCAGUUCCCAUGACACUGUUUCUCUAUGGGAGAACGUCCCCGGGGUUGUGAGCAGAUAAAACUUGUACCUCCCCGAUCCCAAGGGCCACUUCCCUCCCGGAGCGGCCGUCGGAUUUAGUACCAGUUCAUGAAAAAAAAAAAAAAAAUGCUGCUUUGAACUCAGAGGGUUAAUAUACUUUUGAUUUGUAAUUUUUUGUAAAACUUUUUACAAGGUAGCAUAGUAUUUCUCCAGACACCAACUACAAUCCGUCCAUGGUCUGAUUUUUAUAUAAUUUAGUGGUGCUUUAGAAACUUUUGUUCGGUUGUUUCGGAGCUGCAGAGCUCAGUUCUUCGCCUGUAUCUACCUAAGACCAAUGUGAACCUUUGUAUUUUUGCUCCUAAUUUUGGACUCAGUGAAAGUGUACUGUUUACAUGUACAGAACUCCCGACCCCGUGUGUUCUGCCAGACCUGCUGUUGAAGAGGAAGCUGCCCCUCACCCAGUUCGUCUGCUUAACCCAGCCACAGCCUCACCCACCCACCGCCACGCGCCCGCCCCGAGGGACACCCCACCCACCCCAGACACCCUUUAAAGCAAUUUUGGGUUUUGCACAAGCUGUUGUACUUUUUUUUUUUUUCCUUCCUAGUUGUACGGAUCGGCUGCAAUUCCAAUCGGGAGCUGAUCCGGAGCUCUGAAGCACCAGAUCUGGGCAGUGCUGCUGCCUCCCCAUCCUCCUCCUCCCCAUCCUCCUCCUCCCCAUCCUCCUCCUCCUCAUCCUCCUCCUCCCACACAGGCGGGAGGGCGGCGCUGCCCGUAGGGUCCAGCUGAUGUAGGGGAGCAGUGGAGGGAGCAGGGGGAAGACACUCCUGAGCAGAAUUGGGAAUACUUUAGGGAAGGGGGUGAGCUCGCCCAAGCCAGCCGCUGGCUUGGGGUGGAGGGUGGGAGCUCAGUCCCACGGGAGGCUCCCAGCGAGGCAGAAGAGGCUCUUUGGGAAGCUGGAGCUUUCCCGAGGGCUCAGAUAGAAAGCGUAUGGCACUUAAUCCAGCUUCUAAGGUGACACUUUAUUGCUUAAUCAAUUGAUUCCUUUGGAAAUGAUAUUUUUGCAGAUAGGCACCUAUGCAACUUCAUGUGGCUCUUAAGCAGAUGAGCACUUCCUCCUCAACGAGCUUGAUAAGAGUUAUUUGUGUUAUAUACUGUGGAUUUUUCCAGUAAAUGUGGCUUAAUAUUUUAAUUCUUAGAAUGUGUGUCUAUUAUAUAUGUGAUGCAACUUAAUUCUGUUCUGUUUGUGGAAUGAUUAGCACAGGCCAACUCCCUGUCCCCUCACUUAACAAAGACCAAUGAGCUGUUAAUCGAGCUGUUAUCUCCAUGGUAUUACUUGCUAAAUGCACUGAUUUCAUAAGUAUGUGGAAUCCUUUUUUUUUUUUUCUUUUGAAUCUGUAUAUCAUAUAUAAGACUGAAUCUACUUAAUAAACACUGUAUAACAAAAAGGGCUUUCUCCUCCACUGUCGAGCCCCGCUGGGUGCUGCUGGCCCCAGUGCUGCCCCUCGCCCCAGAGCGUGUGCGAGAGGUCGGUGCCAUCAGUCACCAGAGCGGGUUCUAAAUUUAGGUGUUAAAAGGAAGAAAAAAAACAAAAACAAACCAAAACAUCUCUCAGUCCUGUUGACAUAAGCUGUGCUUUCCAUUCCGUAACAGACAGCGUGGGUACCAGAGAGAGCAGUGGCAGCACUCAAAAAGGGGGCAAGGCACCAGUUUUAUGCUUAACUUAUAUUUUGACAAAAUUAAUUUUGUGAAGUGUCUGGUUUUUGUGAGAAAAAAAAAGAAAAAAGAAAAAAAAAAAAAAAGUUUUCAUUGAAGUUUGUGCAAAGUUCUCCCUCAUGGAAAAUACUGAUUUUUCGUUAUCAGCUUUAUUCACUAAGUAUAAUAAACCUUUGCAUCCAUAAA